AUGUCUUCAAUUUCUUUUACUUCAAGUAAUAAACUAAGUCGUGAAGAUUAUCGUCGUCAAAAAGAUCUUGAAGCUGCAAGAAAAGCUGGGACAGCUCCUGCAGAGCAAGAUGAAGAAGGAAAAGACAUUAAUCCUCAUAUCCCACAGUACAUCGCAAAGGCACCGUGGUAUCUUGAUACAGCAACUAAAUUUCGUAAAGGAGCUUGUGAGAAUUGUGGAGCAAAAACACAUAAAACAAGAGAUUGUAUGGAUCGACCAAGGAAAACUGGUGCAAAAUGGACUGGAAAAGAUAUAAAGCCUGAUGAAAUCAUUCAGGAUAUUGAAUUAGAUUAUGAUUCAAAAAGAGAUCGAUGGAAUGGCUACGACCCUUCCGAACAUUCUAAAAUUUAUGAAGAAUAUGAAAAGAUUGAAGAAGCUCGUCGGAAAAUGAAAGCUAACGAACUUGAUAAACAAAGUACCAUAGAAUUAGUAAAAAAGACUGGUGAACGUCAGAAAGUUAAUACAAAGACAAGAACGACUAUCAGAAAUUUAAGAAUUCGUGAGGAUACCGCUAAAUAUUUAAGAAAUUUGGAUAUCGAUUCCGCAUAUUAUGAUCCCAAAACUCGUUCUAUGCGUGAUAAUCCGAAUAAAGAGGUGGAAGAAUCUGAAGCAUAUUAUGCUGGGGAUAACUUUGUCAGAUAUACAGGAGAUGCACCCAAUAUGGCCAAUCUUCAAUUAUUUGCUUGGCAGGCAUAUGAGAAGGGAACGGAUGUGCAUUUACAAGCCAAUCCUACUCAAGGUGAGCUUUUACAUCGUGAGUAUCUCCAGAAGAAAGAGAAACUUAAAGAUACAAGCAAAGAUUCAAUAUUGGCCAAGUAUGGCGGUGAAGAACAUUUGGAUGCUCCUCCCAAAGAAUUGCUCUUGGCUCAAACAGAGACAUACGUGGAAUAUUCAAGAACUGGUAGAGUGAUAAAAGGUCAAGAGAGAGCCAAGGCCAAAUCCAAAUAUGAGGAAGAUGUUUACAUAAAUAAUCACAUAUCAGUUUGGGGAUCAUUUUGGGCUGACGGUCGAUGGGGAUACAAAUGUUGUCUUUCUUUUAUCAAAAAUUCGUACUGUACCGGUUUGGUUGGUAUCGAGGUAGCAAAUUCGUCAAAUCCGUUGGCAAGUUCCUCCAGCAUCAAUAAUUCAGCAUCAACCACUGAUAAUAAAGAAUUAUCAUCCUCAAGGAAAACCCUUGUUGAGUUAUAUAAUGAGAGAACCAAGAAUUCUAAAUCCAAUAAUACAGACAAUGAUGUUAAUAAACAUCUUAAACGCAAAGAUCUCGGAGAAGGAGAAAUCAAACUGGAUUCAAAGAAAUUAAAGAAGGCACUAGAUAAUGAAGAAAAGCGUUAUAAAUUAAAAGAUUAUGAAGUGGAAAUGAAUGAUCGAAAACGUCCUUAUAAUAGUGCAUACAUGGGUAAAAAUGCGUCUACCGAGGCCGAAGUUACUGAAGAAGAUUUGGAAGCAUAUAGGCUUAAAAAACAAUCGCAUGAAGAUCCUAUGGCAAAUUAUUUUGAUGAAGAUCAAUAA